AUGACUGACAGGGCGGGCCCCUCGUCCGGCGUCACGGUGCUGACGGUGCACGCCGACAGCGACCCCCCCGCGCGGGCGCGGCGGCGGUCCCGCGCCAAAAGCUACGCAUCCUCGAAGCCGAGCGAGUACCUCGAGAUCGAGGACUCCUUCCACUCCUUCGACCCCGGCGAAGCGUUCCGCAAGUCUCUCGGCAGGCAAGACUACGCCGAGGACUCGGGCGACGACGACGACGACGACGCUGAGGACGAUGCUGCAGCCGCCGCCGCCGCCACGGACGAGCUCUACGCGCUCAUGGGCGGCCGCGUGAUCCAGGAGGGUCGCCGGCACUCCUCGGACCGGUCCGUCUCGUCCGCGUCGCGCUCCGCGUCGCGCGACGGCGACUCCGCCGCUGCCGACGCCGUCGACACGGGCGACGCCGCGGCCGCGACGGAGGAGCUCUGGGCGAUGCUGGGCGACCGUGCGAUCGUCGAGGGGGACCACGAGCCGCCGCAGAGGCCCCACGGAGCCGAAGACCGGUCGUCCGGCGUUGCAAAGCUGCCAAGCAUUCGGCGGCGUGGGCUGCUCGACGGGUUGAUGGAGACGCCGUCGAUCCGCCGCCGGCUGGACCCCGCGACGCCGCUGGAGCGCGCGACGACGAUGGAGUUCGGGGAGGCGCUGAGGGACCGGGGGGAUCUGUCGCGGGUGGGGUCGCGGGAGGAGGUGCCGUUUGUAGAGGACCCCGCGCGGAGCAGUGCGUCGCUGGCGGCGGCGGCGGACGCGGCGGUGAAGGCGGCGUCGUCGCGGCGGCGGUUCGAUGCGUUCGGGGCUGCGCCGCCGCCGCUGCAGGCGGAGGCGGGCAGUGGGGAGCUGGGGGGGGGGGCUCUCGGCUCGGACUCCGUGGAGGAGUUGGCGGUGUCGGGGACGGGCAGCGGGCGCGCGGGGUUCGAGGAGUCGGUCGAGGCGGCGAGCUCCCCGCGCCAGCCGGGCGAGCGAGGGGGAGGAGGGUUUUCUUCCGAGUCGGUCUCGGACCUGUCCGACGCGUUCGACGUGCUCGAGAGGUCCCGCGGAGAGCGGCGCGCGGACUGGCAGCCGCCGAAGCCGCUGCCGCAGCUGGGGGCCACGUCAGGGCUCUCGAGUCACGACGCGGGGGAGUAUUCGACGGAUACCGACCACGAGGACGCCGGGGCGACGGCGCGGCGCCGCAGCCGCGCCGCACAGGGCGUGCAGGCCCCGGCGACGGCGCACGCGGGGGCGCAGGCCUGCGGGGUCGCGCCGCGCCGGCGGGACUUUGCGGCGCAGGUAGGGGGGGGGUUAAACCAGCAGGGCGUGCAGUGCGACUUCGACGAGCGCCACGGCCUGCUAUGGGACUCGUCGGCUCUCCCGGGCAGGGUACUCCGGCCCGCCACUGCGCAGCCGCAGCCUCCCCCGCCGCCUGCAUCGCGGCCCGCAGCACCUCCGACGCUGCCGUGGGCGUUCCCUGGCGCUGCGCCGUGGCAGGGCGCUCCAGCGUUCCUCAUCCCCGUCGCUUUUGCGCCUCCUGCGAGCCAGCCCGGCGCGAGCGAGGACCAGCGGGCCAGGGGCGAUGCACCAGCGAGCGGCGCACAGCACCCACAGGCGUGGAUGCCGUUCCCGAUGGCUCCGACGUUCCCCACGGGCUCCGCACUGCCCUGGGCCCACUGGACGGCGCCGUCCACGGCCGCAGGCGCCAGCACGGUGCGGAACGACGAAGACCUGCGAUCUGCAGCUGCUCUAGCGCAGAACGAGCAAGACAACGCGCAGGGAGCGAGUCCUGCGGCUCAGGGAGGCGAGCAGGAAGCCGGUGUCGCUGCACCGUCCGUUGCAGGGCCGGCGGCCCCGCGUCCGCGCUGUAUGUAUCGGUCGGCGACUGCUGGGGACUCGAAGCUGAAGGGCGCGCUGGAGGCGGUGCGGCGGCGGCUGCAGACGCUGUGCGACGAGGGGACGUCGUGGGCGCGCGCGGGGUCCGCGGGCAACAGCGUUGGGCCCGCGCCUGCGCCGGGACGGGUUGGAGCGGACGCGGGUCAUAAAUAUACGACUCUGGAGUCGACGAUCGCUUAUAUUCGAAGCACGUUGCCGCACCCGACGGUGUAG